AUGCUGCGGCGGUUGCUGCAGCUGCUGCAGGCGUGUGCAAGUCGUGCAGCUCCUUCAACUUCAUUAGGGGCUCUAUGCUUAAGAAAGACAGCAGCAGGAGGAGGGCCUCUUCUAAGUGAAGCCUUUAUCUUACAAUCUUCGGAUUUAGUCUAUGAAAUUCUAGAUGAAGCUAUAGAUCGUGGUGUACCUCAGACAUCAGAUCCUAAAGUAUUGCUGCUGUUUGCAGAAGCAGCAGCAAACCUUCGCAGCACAGGAGGGGCCUCUGCUGCAGCAGCAAACAGCAGCGAAGGAGGAGUUAAACUAGCAGCACAAGCAACAGGCGUAGCUGCUUGGCGUCGUCAGGGUAUUCGUUAUAGACGCAAUCAGCUGUCUAUUGAAGUUAUUGAAAAACUGCAUAUAUUAAUUGCACAGAAUGGAACCGUACUUAGACAAGAAGCUGAGGGUAAAGUGCUUCUUCGCUCUUUUCUUUCAGGGAUGCCAGAGUGUAAAUUAAUUACAAAUGAAGUGCUUCCUCAGUCUGAUAGACAACAUCUUGCAGACGAUACUCAAAUACAAGCUAUUACGAACGCUCCUCUUAAAGGUGCAGCUGCACAAGCAGCUAAAACACACACUGCUACCGGGCCUCCAUCUCCUGCUGCUGCUCCUGCUGCUGCUUCGUCCUCUGCUGCUUCUACCUCUGCUCCUGCUGCUGCUCCUGCUGCAGCACCAGGGGCCCCUGGAAGCUCAGUUGUUGCGCAACGUGUUAUUACAGAAGGAGCAGAGGGGCCCCUACCUGUGGGAGCAAAAGAAAGAGUUAAAUUAUCAGGAUGUCGAUAUCACCCCUGUGUACGAGUAGCUCAGCAUACAGCCGAGCGAAUGAUAUUAUUUACUCCUCCUGAUGGUGAAUGCGAGCUUAUGAGCUACAGGCAAGUUGCAAACAACAUACCUUUCUUGCUUUCUGCUGCUGCUUCUGCUGCUGCUGCUUCUGCUGGUGCUUCUGCUGCUGCUGAUUUACUAUGUAAAGACGACGUAGCAGUCCCCAUAAAAGUUUGCCCUUUCUUUUAUGAAAAGAAGAAAGGACAGUUUGAAUAUUUAGUAUUUCUUAAAGCAUUAUAUUCUGGAAACUUAACGGCUCGCGAUAUUGAGGUUGUUGUGCCUACCCCCCCUGAAGUGAGCGUAGUCUGCGUUUUGCAGUCCUCUUGGGGUAAAUCAAAAUACGACAGCUCUCAGCUCGCUGUUGUCUGGAAGUUAGCUCGGUUCCCUGGAGGUUGUGAAUACGUGUUAAGGUUUCUAUUAGAGGUCUCGAAGCCCCCAAGCCCUGUGCGGGGCCCUCUGCGUUUAUCUUUUUCUUUGCCUGGGCUUACAGCGAGCGGUUUGUGCAUUCGUCAGCUGCGCGUAGUGGAGAAGUCAAAUUACUCUGUCUCUAAAUCUAUUCGUUAUCUCACAGAGUCAGGGCAGUUCCCUGGAGGUUGUGAAUACGUGUUAAGGUUUCUAUUAGAGGUCUCGAAGCCCCCAAGCCCUGUGCGGGGCCCUCUGCGUUUAUCUUUUUCUUUGCCUGGGCUUACAGCGAGCGGUUUGUGCAUUCGUCAGCUGCGCGUAGUGGAGAAGUCAAAUUACUCUGUCUCUAAAUCUAUUCGUUAUCUCACAGAGUCAGGGCAGUAUGAACACAGACUUUAA